AUUAAUUCAUUUUGACCGUGACUAAUUAUACGCGUUACAUAGUUGAAUUUUCAUAAUUAACAAUUUACAGCUAAAGUCAUUAUAGGAUGAUCCCGUGAUUUUUGUUUCUUUUGUUUUACGAAGCGAAAUACAAUUAUUAUUAUUAGAUUAUGUUUUUAUUAAUAAAAAGAAAUAAAAAAACCCUUGAAAACCUGGAUGCCAUGGCUCUUCUCUUGUAAAACAUAACUGUAUUCAGAUGAAAAUCCUAGAAUGAGAAAUCUACCCAUUUCUCUAAUUUCCAUCUUCAUGCUCUUCCUCGCCAUUUCCCUCACCAUAAUAACCCCAAAAUCGACCUUUCUUCUCCACCCCAAAUUUCUCCAAAUAAUCUUCAAAUUCCAGCAUAUCCUCCCAACCAUUAGGAAAAACCCAAUUCACGAACCCCCUUAUUGCCUCCUAUGGAUGGCCCCUUUCCUCUCCGGCGGCGGCUACAGCUCCGAAGCCUGGUCCUACAUUCUCGCACUCAACGCCUAUCUCAAGAAACAAAAAGCCCCAAUUUUCAAAUUGCGCAUCGAGCAUUACGCCGAUCUUCAGGAUAUGGAAUUUUGGGUGGGUUUGCCCCCGGAAAUGAGAAAUCUCGCCAUCAAUCUCUACCAAACCAAAUGCAAACCCAAUCAAACCCUAGUAAUUUGCCACAGCGAGCCCGGGGCUUGGCAUCCGCCUCUCUACGAAACCCUACCCUGCCCGCCGUCCGGCUACGGUCAGUUCAAGGCUGUUGUUGGCAGGACCAUGUUUGAGACUGAUAGAGUGAAUGAGGAGCAUGUGGGGAGGUGUAAUCGAAUGGAUUAUGUAUGGGUUCCUACUGACUUCCAUGUUGCCACAUUUAGGCAAAGUGGGGUUGAUCCAUUGAAGCUGAGGAAGAUCAUCCAGCCAGUCGAUUCAACCUUCUUCGAUCCGUUAAAGGUCGAGCCUUUGAGGUUGGAUGCAGUGAGCAGGGCUGUGUUGGGAUCAGAAAAGUUGAUCUCAAGGGCAAAGUUUGUUUUCUUGAGUGUGUUCAAAUGGGAGCAUAGAAAGGGUUGGGAUGUGUUGUUGAGAGCUUAUUUGGAGGAGUUUGGUGGAAAAGAAGAUGGUGUUGCGUUGUGUUUGUUGACAAAUGCCUAUCACACAGAGAGUGAUUUUGAUAGGAAGAUUGUUAGAUAUGUGAAGGGAUUAAAUUUGGAUGGUAGAUUGGCUCCCGUUUAUGUGAUUGAUGGCCAUAUAGCUCAGGUUGAUCUGCCGAGGCUGUAUAAGGCCGCUGAUGCCUUUGUGCUGCCUUCUAGAGGCGAGGGGUGGGGCCGGCCAGUGGUGGAGGCGAUGGCAAUGGCAUUGCCCGUGAUUGCCACCAACUGGUCCGGCCCGACUGAGUAUUUGACGGAGCAGAAUGGCUACCCGUUGCCCUUUGAUGGGAUGAGUGAGGUCCGGAAUGAGCCAUUUGAGGGGCAUCUGUGGGCGGAGCCAUCCGUUGAUAGGCUGCGAUUCUUGAUGAGGCUCGUUGUCAGCAAUCGCAGUCAAGCUAUGGCUAAAGGACUGCAAGCUAGGGUUGACAUGAAGGGGAGAUUCUCCCCUCAAAUUGUUGCAGACCAAGUUGUGAGCCAUUUGCAGGAAAUUCUCCACAAUCUUGAUUGAAAUUUAAAGUGAAUUUUUUAGUAGUGCUUUGUAUUUGGCCAGCUUCAAAUGUGUAUGAGCCACUUUAGCAUGUAGAAUCAAGAAUGUGUGUUAGAUGUUGCAAUUGAGGUAUAUUGAAAGUAAUUUCUUUGUGUGAGAUGUUGUUGCAAGUGAUGUGAUUUUAUAGGAAUUAGUUUGUAUUUUGACUCUUAUUAUUUUCAAUUAUACACCUCUUAUUUCUGACU